CCCUCAGCUGCUCUCGACAUGGCGCUGAGGCGGCGGCCCGCGCUCGCCUUGCUGCUGCUCCUGCGGGGCUGCUUGAUAGGGGCUGUGAAUCUCAAAUCCAGCAACCGAAACCCAGUGGUACAGGAAUUUGAAAGUGUGGAACUAUCUUGUAUCAUUACGGACUCACAGACAAAUGACCCCAGGAUUGAGUGGAAGAAAAUCCAAGAUGAACAAACCACAUAUGUGUUUUUUGACAACAAAAUUCAGGGAGACCUGGCCGGCCGUGCAGAACUGCUGGGGAAAACCUCUCUGAAGAUCUGGAAUGUGACCCGGACGGACUCGGCCCUUUACCGCUGUGAGGUGGUUGCCCGGCACGACCGCAAGGAGAUUGAUGAGAUUGUCAUCGAGUUAACUGUGCAAGUGAAGCCGGUGCCCCCAGCGUGCAGGGUGCCGAGGGCUGUGCCUGUGGGCAAGGCGGCCACGCUGACCUGCCAGGAGGGCGAGGGCUACCCCCGGCCUCACUACAGCUGGUACCGCAACGACGUGCCGCUGCCCACAGAUUCCAGGGCCAACCCCCGGUUCCGCAACUCCUCCUUCCUCUUCAAUCCCGACACGGGCACUCUGGUGUUCAGCGCCAUCCACAAGGAGGACUCGGGCCAGUACUACUGCAUCGCGUCCAACGACGCGGGCUCGGCCCGCUGCGAGGAGCAGGACAUGGAAGUGUAUGACCUCAACAUCGGCGGGAUUAUUGGGGGCGUCCUGGUCGUCCUGACUGUACUCGCCCUGAUCACAGUGGGCCUCUGCUGUGCCUACAGACGUGGCUACUUCAUCAACAAUGAGCACAACGGGGAAAGCUACAAGAACCCAGGGAAGCCGGAUGGAGUUAACUACAUCCGGACGGACGAGGAGGUAAGGCAGCCUGGAGGCUGCAGUGUCCCGAGCAGGGAAGAUGACAUUCCCCUGAGAACCAAGCAGGUCCCUAGAAGAGAUUUCUGAGUCACGUCCAAAGCGCGAGCCCUCAGCCCUUCCUCUGGCUGUGCGCUCGUGGGGCACUCAGUCCACAGGCCUCGCGGCCUCUCCUCAGGGCACACUGUGGAGAACCGGUGUCAGGCUCCCUUCCCACCGCAAGCUGGGCCCUGCGUGGCCGCGGGUCACCCUCUAACCCGGUGUUGGCCUUGCAGGGCGACUUCAGACACAAGUCCUCGUUCGUGAUCUAGACGGCAGUACGGCCGCACACACACGUGGAUACCUCCACGGGGGACCCUGCUGGGAGCAGCCCCGCGAGGGGAGCCAGACGGGGCUGGACACGCGCACGAAAGCUUUUUGUUUUGGCCAAAGUUGACCGCUACUCCUUUCUUACUUUUUAACAAGCCACAUGAAUAAGAGUUUUCCUCAAGAUGGGCACAGUCACAAGGCCAAAAAGUGACCAGGUUCUUGAGGCCGACCCCAUCGGGGUCUGGGUGGCCUCAGGGCGGGCGCCAAGGGCCUGGGAGGCGCGGUGAUCUGCCCCGUGGCAGGCGGUGCCGGCAGAGGGGUCAAGGCGUGAGCCUCAGCUGCAGUGACCUGGCUUCACGGUGGCCCGUAAGCCGGCGGCCCGGUGGUCAGGCCACCUCGUCCUGGGGCUUUGCUAUCACUGUCCAUCUUGGGGAAUCUUUUGGGGUCAGCAUUUUAUAACAACAGUCCAAAUCAGGAAGGUAAAUUGCUCGUCAGGAGGAGGGUAUCUUCUUACCUGUACGAACCCUGCUCAUCCAUGGAGGGUCCCAGUGUUGAAGGAAGACCUUCAUCUUAUGCUAAAUCUGAAAUGGUACUGAUACAAUGUUCUGCUUUUCUAUGGGUAUUUUAUAAAAUUUUACAUUCUAAAUUUUUGCUAAAGAUGUAUUUUGAUUAUUGAAAAUUUCUAUUUAAACUGUAAAUAAGUUGUCAUACAAUGUUAAAUAACCUCUUUUUUUUUUUGAAGUUCAACUUAAGGCAGGAGCCCAAGCUGCUCCUGUUCAAUUGGAAACACCACUGAGUGUUCCUUGUGCUUAGGAAACCUUUAAGAAAAUUCCAGUUGAGCAUUGUCUUGGUCUGUUUGCAUCUCUCCAGAAGAGACACGAGGGGCUUUCGAGUUCGCUUCAGGCUGCCUCUUCCUGGGGCUACUCAGACCACCUGAGCCCCAGACCCACAGACACGGCGUGCAGACUGUGCUGGUUGGGGCCCGGGGUCGGGCCGCACACCUGCUCCGAGGGGUGUUGGCUCCUGACUCCAGGCCAGCCCGCCCACCCUCGUCCGACGCCCCGACGCUGGCCGUGCAUGGGUCAGCCCUACCUAAGGGUGCCAUUCACAUACCACGUGGGUCAACCCAGGAUGGCAGCAAGGGCGGGGUCCUCGGUGUGGCACCCCAGACUGGCUUCCCUGGGACAGAGGUU